CAGGCACGCUGGCAUUCAGACACACACACAGACAGGCCAGCGAACAAACAUACACAAAUCAUACGCACAACACAUCUGACCCACAGCCCUCUGACUGCACUAUACAUAGUGACACACUGACACACAUCGAUCCUUCACAGGCGCACUGAAUAGGAACUAAACAGACACAGAGAGGCCACACAUACACACGGCUCGUGUCACACAGCUCGGUUACAUACGUUUCAGCCACUCGGUGCAGUGUGACAGCUCAGCAGGGAGAGAUCUGCUAAAUGCUACAUAUUUUGAUAUUUGAAGAUGUUAGGAAAUGUGAGGACAUAUUUUUCCGGUGCCAUCUGAAGAUCUGAUUUUAAGGCAAAGGCUCCUGUUUGUGCCCCGGUGCCAUGCUUUACAGACUCCACCAUCAUGUCAGCUUGCGGCUCAUUCACAGAGCAUGUCUGGAAACCAGGAGAGUGCAAGAACUGUUUUCAACCCAAAGGGCAGCACCAGUUGGCAGCUCUUGGGAGAGGCAAUACUGGUCAGCCUCCUCCUCCUCCACCACCUCCACCUCCCUACAGAGCAAAUCAUGCCAAGGUCAACUCCAGCCAAAGGCCACGUGCCACAACUGGAUUCAGGCCCCCUGUGGCCAAGAAGCCCACCAUAGCUGUCAAGCCCACCAUGAUGGCAGUAGAUGGAGCUGUCUGCCAUCCUGCACAGGUUCAAGCAAGGGCACCUCCAACAUCGACUCGGAUCCAUAGCCAAACACCACCAGUGGUGUGCGGUGAUGAUCAAGCGAAUAACAACGCAGGAGUUGAACAGGUGAUUUCCAACAAUAAUCACAUGGACAGUAGCGGUCUCACCGAAGUACUGAAGGAAAUAGCAGGUUUAGGAAGUCCUUCAUCUCAUCUGCCACCCCCAGAAGGCACAGCCCGAGAGACUUUUUUAUGUAGAAUUAACCAGUGUUACAGACGCUCCUUAGAGAGAAAGCCAUCUGCUAGCUGCCUCUCUGGAAGCCGACAUGAAGGAGGGGGAGAAAAGAAAACUGAGAGAAGGGUGGCACUGAGCGGGGAAGAAGGAGCAGUGAUUGGAAGAGAUGGUGGGCGCUUUUGUUAUCCAGAGUUUUCCAGUGGUGAGGAGAGCUGGGAUGAGGAGUUUCAGGCAGAGACAGGGGAGAGGGAAAGCUGGGAGGAGAGCGAUGAGGAACUUUUGGCCAUGGAAAUUCGCAUGAGAGGACAACCACGUUUUGCCAACCUCCAAGGGGGAAGCCUCUCACCAGUGCCUGCCCAUUUUCGAGGGAGAGAGAAAUGGAAUACUGUGCCGCUGAGGCAAAAGUCAUUACAGAGGGUUUGUGCUGUGGAUUAUGAUGAUAGCUACGAUGAAAUUUUAAAUGGCUGUGAUGUAGAUGGGGAUGUGACUGCUAUUUCCCCCUCUCCUGAUCCGUCAUUAUCUGAGUCUUUGUCUUGCCCUCCCUCCACCUCCUCUUCUUCUUCAUCAGGGGGACUCUUUUGCAACGGUGUGAUGUCAUCAGCAAAAAAUGAAGAUGUUACUCAGGAUGUAACCAUACAAGAAGCAAUCCAAGAUACAGCUAUAGCCCAAGCUAAGCCAUAUAGUGUUGUGAGCCUAGAGCAGCCUGUCUGUAAACCAUACACAAUAGUUGAUGUGUCGGCUGCUAUGGCCGGAGAGGGUCCACCCCUACCCAGCACAAGGCUGAAAAAAGAAAGCUCCACUCGCUAUCAGGAGGUGUGGACAUCCAGCACAAGCCCCCGACAAAAGCUUGCUAAGACAGAUGCUGUGGAAGCCCCAAAACGAAGCUGUCACAAGUCAGCCCCUACCUCUCCCACUGCUGGACUAAGCGCCCACACUGUACCUGUCCGCUCACCAAACCUGUCAGAGAUAAAGUUCAACAGCUACAAUAAUGCAGGCAUGCCUCCUUUCCCUAUAAUAAUUCAUGAUGAACCUGAGUAUGCCCACAGCUGCAAGAGUGCUGACAAGGUGCCAAUCCUCAUAAAUCCUAGCGCCUAUGAUAACCUAGCUAUUUACCGCAGUUUUGUUGGUGCUGGAGGAGUAUUCCCACCUCCACCGGACAAAGAAAAAAGGCAGACUUCAAGCCUGAGCAGCAAUACUUAUGAGGAGAUAGAAACCCCUGCUAAAGGACAGCAAAAAGAGGAUCCCAAGGAGGACACCACUCCAGAAGUCACGAGCUGCCCCAGGGAGAGUGCUAACCGUGUACUGUCACAAAUUGUGGCAUCCAUUCACCCACCUCGUUCACCACCAGAGGCUGUGAUUCUGGAACCUACUACGAAUGAGGAGCAGCGUCCUCCAGAGCCUCAACCAGAUGCUUGUAUUCAUCAAGGUUCGCUUGGGAGACCCAAGUCCCUGUUUCCAUUGCAAAGUGAACAAGUGGGGACCCUAAGCUUUAGCAAGACCUCUUCCGCACCCUCUAGUGAAGAUAGCCCUACUGUGCCUGUGAAUACAGAACCCCUGCCACCUUUCCCACCACCACGCUCUACUUCUUCUCCUUAUCACGCAAGCAUGCUACACAAACAUUUUGCAACCCGUGGCAAACCUACAGGAACAAAUCGUCCCUCACCUACUGAAUGCUCAACACAGCCACGCAGACCAGCUGAUGGAAAGCCGCGCCGCUGGAUCUCCUUCAAGAGCUUUUUCAGGAGGAAGAAAGAGGGAAGCGGGCAAGGAGCUGGUGAAGAAAGAGGAGAGGAUGGCAAGCUGUUGGGGCUAGAUGGCACAGUUAUUCACAUGCUACCACCACCACCAGUUCAGCAUCACCAGUGGUUUAGCGAGAGCCGGGGCGAACCUGGAGAGAAACCUGCCAUUGUAUUCAUGUAUCGACCUGAGGAAGAGCUAUUGGCCAGCAGCCCACAAGAUAGUGUAUGCACCGAAACCAGGUCUAGCAGUACCCCGGACGAUUCAUCUGCACAGGACACUCCUUCAGCUGGGUUUUCAACCAGGACAUUGCCACCUCCUGAUGAACAAAUUGGCACAGACACUGUCUCUCCACCUGUUAGUGCUGAGAUGCAAAACAGAGACGAGCCUGGCACUGCUUCUGACUGCUCUUCUGACUGCAGUCCUGGAGGUGUGACAUACACCAACCUUGGAAAGUCUCGUGCUGCUAUGAUACCAUACAAGCAACCUCGUCAAACUCUAGGUGGGAGCCCCCCACAAGACCCAGAAACACAUCCUACACCUCCUCCUCUUCCUAAGAAGACACCCCGCCAGGCCACCCCAGAGAAGACACCCAGUUACCCGCUAAACCUUGCAAAUCCCACCUAUGACACAGAACGAAGUUGGGAGGCAGGUGGGAGCGAGUCGGGAGACUCUCUUAAGAAGACAAAAAGGAGUGGAAGCCAGAUUGCUGAGCUACAGACUCAGGCCUUACGCAGAUUUUAUGCCCGGUGCGAAGACGUCUUCAUGGCAGGCCAGAGAGAGCCAAUAAGUUUUGGACUGGAGAGCUGGCCUGACUUUCGCCUAAUCAGCCCAACACCUUGCUGCCAGGCUGGAGAUGCAGUGUAUUACCGCGCGUCAUAUGCACGGGACCCUGGUAAUCUGUAUUCUGUGAAGAUCUGCCGAAACAAAGCAAAGCAGGCCCAACGGGAAUACUACCAUUGCCUGGCAGUGCGACAAGGCCUCUCGGAACACUUUAACAUCCAACAGGACUGCGGCCAUUUCCUGGCAGAAGUGCCUGCCCGUUUACUUCCUUGGGAGGACCCUACUGUGUCUGAAGAAGAAGAAGAAGAAGAGGAGGGAGAACAAGAAGAUGAAGAUAUUUCGGCUUCUUCAGAAUCUAAGCCGAAACCUAAUAAAAAUCAAAAGCCGUCUGCAUCAAUGAACCAGGGUUCUCUGGGUAAACGUCGGAGCAGGGUGGUGGUAAUCACAAGGGAACCUCCGAGACAGACACUGGCAGACUUUGUACGGGAGGGGGAAGUUCGGCAUCGCAGAGAGCCGGAGAUUUAUGAGCGCCAAGUAUGCCUGUUGCUGCUCCAACUGUGUGGCGCAUUGGAGCACUUGAAAGCCCAAGGCAUUACGCAUUGUGACCUAAGGCUGGACAACUUGCUGUUAGCAAGCUGUCGGCCCAGUGAGUCAGGCUGUAGCUGCUGUCGUAGCAAUGCCACAGAGGACCAGAGUGAGCAUGGCACUGUGGAGCAAAGAGCAGUGUCCACAUGUGCAGGUCGCCUUCUCCUCACCAACUUUAACCAAGCUAAAUUGAAGAGCCAAGGAGCAUGGCGUCCACAGGGUUUAGGAGAUCCAUCACGAUUGGCUCCAGAGAUUGUGGGAGCAACACAGUACAGGAGGAGUGAUGAAUUCCAGGCAGGUAUUCUCAUCUAUGAGAUGCUACAUCUCCCUAAUCCUUUUCUGGAUGGGGGUUUGAAGGACAGAGAGUAUGGUCCACGGGAUUUGCCAGCUGUGCCACGCCGAUCUCCAUACUCUCGUGGACUAGGACGCCUUGCUGGUCUUCUACUGCAGCACAGCCCAUCAGACAGACUGCAGGUGGGGCAGGCCAAGGCUGCCUUGCGCUGUCUGAUAUGGGGACCCCGGGAUGAGGUUCUUCAAGGACCGGAAGCUCUGCAAAAUUGGUUAGAGGUGAAGAGGACAUUGCUGCUAAUCAGACUGGCUGAGCGAGCUCUGGAGAGGGAAGGAGGAGUUGGUCUGGAGGACUGGAUGUGCUGUCAGUACCUAGCAUUUGGCACAGCCCAGGGACUGGCACAAACACUGCAGCUACUGGAGCAGCAUUGAGGCUGAUGUUACUCACUUUAACCCCUCAGUCAGUGUGCAAUAACUGGGAUUUUCUAACAAGGCUCCGUUUAAGAAGCUUGAAUUUUCAGUGUUAUACCACUCCCUUUCUGAACAGUUAGGCAGAUACAGUAUACCAACCAAUUACAGAAGCAACACAUAACUGGUAUAAGUAAAUACAUCUGUCCUAUGCACACUGUGACAUGAAGUCAAUGAUCAUGUGAUGAAUACAUAUACUGGUUCAAUACCACCAAAUGCCUAAAAA